UUUCCCGUCUUCACACUUCACUCACCACUCAACUCUUCCAUGACCAAAUCUCCAAAUCCAAUCUCACUGCGCCUAAUCGUAAACGCAUACAUAUAUAUACAUUCCUCUGUGUGUUUGCGCGCGUCUUCUUCACUGGAGAUUUCCCGCUGUUGAUUUGGAUUUGUGUGCGGAUCGCUCGAAAUGUGGUCUCUGCAGUUGUCGAAUUGCAGAGGCUUCGAGCAAUCGCAAUUCGCCACCGCCGGAUUCUCUUCGGCUCGGAGGGAGCCGAGGCGAAGCAGCGCCGCCGUGAUUCGCUCCUCGUUUUGGGGAGGAGCUUUGGAAUUGUGCGAUGCGGAGGCGCGGGCGAGGAGGCGGCUGCGGAUGCUGGCGCGGAGGAGCUCUAGGGUUUUUGCCGAGCUGAAGAUGAAUCUGAAUGAGUACAUGGUGACGCUGGAGAAGCCGCUCGGCAUCCGUUUCGCGAAGUCGGCUGACGGGAAAGUGUUCGUGCAUGCGCUCCAGAAAGGGGGUAAUGCUGAGAAAUCGAGGAUAAUUAUGGUUGGGGAUACUCUGAAGAAGGCAGGUGGAUCCGGCGGGAAACUUGUUGAGAUCAAGGAUGUCGGUGAUACAGAGAGUCUUACGAAGGAGAAAUCUGGUGCUUAUAGCCUUGUCCUCGAGAGGCCAUUCGCUCCCUUUCCAAUCCACCAGCUCCAUCUUAUGGAUGGUAUUGACAUCUUGUUUACGGAUGAGGCGUCUGAAAAUGCUGAAUGGGGGCAUGGAAACUUCCCACUGGAAGAGUAUGCGCAGGCAUUGGAGCGGUCAAAAGAGGAGCUAUAUUAUAAUCAUUCUCUCGGUAUGCGCUAUAGUAAGAUCACAGAACAAAUUUAUGUUGGAUCAUGUAUUCAAACAAUAGAGGAUGUACAGACAAUAUCUACAGCUGCAGGAGUCACUGCUGUGCUGAAUUUCCAGAGCACGUCCGAAGCUGCAAACUGGGGACUUGAUCCAAAUUCAAUCAAUGAGUCAUGCCAAAACUCUAAUAUCCUAAUGGUUAACUAUCCAAUUAGAGAUGCAGAUUCUUUUGAUAUGAGAAAGAAAUUGCCGUUCUGUGUGGGUGUCCUUUUACGAUUACUCAAGAAAAAUCAUCGUGUGUAUGUAACUUGCACAACUGGAUUGGACCGAUCACCCGCUUGUGUGAUUGCAUACCUUCACUGGAUGACUGAUACUUCUCUUCACGCGGCUUACAAUUUUGUUACUGGAUUACAUUCAUGCCGGCCUGAUAGACCUGCAAUUGCCUGGGCAACAUGGGAUCUCAUAGCCAUGGUUGAAAAUGGCUCACGUGAUGGACCUGCAACGCAUGCGGUGACAUUUGUGUGGAAUGGAAAUGAGGGGGAAGAAGUAUAUCUGGUGGGAGAUUUCACUGAGAACUGGAAAGAGCCAAUCAAGGCGACCCAUAAAGGUGGCCCAAGACAUGAAGUUGAAAUUAGACUUCCUCAAGGGAAGUACUACUACAAAUUCAUAACUAACGGGAACUGGAGGCACUCGACGUGUUCACCUACAGAAAGGGAUCAGAGUGGGAAUCUUAACAAUGUGAUUGUAGUUGGUGACACUGCCAGCGUAAAACCUACCAUUCAAACCCAAAACAAGGACUCAAACAUUGUGAAGGUCAUAGAGAGGCCAUUGACUGAAAACGAGCGCUUUAUGUUGGCAAAAGCAGCUCGAUGUGUAGCUUUCAGUGUGUGUCCUAUAAGGUUGGCCCCAAAAUGAUGGCUGGAACCCAUGAAUGAUCACCGACACGCCCAUUUUUCUAAUGAAUGAAUGAAAAAUGGCAAGGCGGCUCACAUUUUUCUGAAAAAUGUGCUUGUGAGUAAAUCAGCUGACACCUUCAUACUUGUUGAUUGUUGUAUGUUACUAGGUUUCAUAGUUCCAUAGAGUUAAUUUCUCAGUUACAAAUGAGCUAAGGUCAUAUAUAUAGAAAGAAAAGAGUCACAGUUGAUACUUUUAUGCUGUACGACAGUGUAAAUCAAAUGCCAAUGAAUUCCUUCAACAAUUCGCUUAAA